AUGGAGGUCACCGUGCCGCCACAGGUAUUCAAAAUUCAAAGCGAGAGCUCCAAAGCUUCGAGCAGCCCCUGCGCCCUUCGCGCCGCCCUGCUCCACGCGCGCUCACCGUCGUCCUCCCUCCACUGUCCUCCGCGCACCUGCUGCGUCAAUCUCCAUCCGAUGGCGAGCGCCGCAGCUGCCGGCGCCGCCUCCUCUCAGCGGGUGCGUGUCGUGCUGCGGUUGCGCCCGUUCCUCCCGUUGGAGUUGGAGGCCGGCUCGGCGGCGGCGCCGCCCUGCGUCACCGUCAUCGGCGGCCGCCCCGGCAGCGAGGUUACCGUCCAGCUCAAGGACCCGCGCACCAGCCGUAGCAAGUGCUACAAGCUGGACGCCUUCUUCGGCCAUGAGGAUCGGGUCCGCGACAUAUUUGACAAGGAGAUCAGCGCCGUGAUCCCGGGGAUCUUCGAGGGUGUCAACGCGACGGUCUUCGCCUGUGGUGCCACCGGCAGCGGCAAGACCUACACGAUGCAGGGAACGGAGGAUCUACCAGGGCUCAUCCCCUUGGCGGUGUCAACCGUCCUGAAGCUUGGUAUCGGCACAUCGUGCUCCCUGGAGAUCUCCUACUAUGAGGUGUACAUGGGGCGGUGCCAAAGGUCUGGGCGGUGCUUUGACCUGCUUGAGCCCAAGGACACUGAGAUAAUGGCCUUAGAUGAUCAAGAUGGUAACCUUCAGCUAAAGGGCUUGGCUUGGAAGGACUCCUUCUGCCUCCUGCACUUCCAUUCUCUUCUUCUUUCUUCCCGCAUGAGGCUGAGGGAGGCAAGCCUCCGAAUCCCGUCCCCCGUUCCCGUCCCUCGUUCCCACCGUACCGGGAACAUGGCUACUAUGGUGAGUUCCAUGGAAGAAUUUCAGCAAGUCUACUCGAAAGGUGAGCAGCGGAGGAAUGUGUCCCACACGGACCUGAACGACGUCUCGAGUAGGAGCCACGCUGUGCUCUCCAUCAGGGUCAAUAAUGAUGCCGUCACAGGGAAGCUUAACCUCAUUGACCUGGCUGGAAACGAGGACAAGACUUGCAAUGAAGGGAUUCGUUCUUCGCUGUUUGUACUGUCCAAUGUCAUUUCAGCUCUAAAGAAUAACGAGUCACGGAUACCUUAUAGAGAUAGUAAAUUGACCCGCAUACUACAAGAUUCUCUAGGAGGCAAUAGCCGUGCUGUGAUGAUAGCUUGCCUUAAUCCAAUGGAAUACCAUGAGGCACUCCACACAGUAAAUCUGGCUGGUCGUUCAGGCCAUAUCAAACAAACGGCAUCUGCAAGGGUUUUUAGUAGAGUUAAAGUAAUGAACCAAUAUGAUGAGAACAUAAAAAAGAUGCUAUUUGAUUCAGUAGACCAUACUCCAGCAAAAAAUAGAACAAGACUGAGCUCACAAGAUGCAGUGAAGGACUAUACCAUGUUUUAUGCAGUGGUGCCUCCUUCAUCAACUCCAUGCAAAGAGGACAAGUUUGAAUCACCCAUUAGCAAAGCUCUUUCUCCCAUUUCUCCCAACAUGGUGAUUCUCAGACAGCAGACAUAUGAAGAUCUCGAUUGCCCCCCUUCACUGGAGCCCAAAACUCCAAUAGGAGCAUGUAACAUAGCUGGGAUGAUUUCAAGUGCUACACCUCUUGAUAAACUCAAUGCACACGGAUCUGACCUGAUGGAAUCUUACAUUCAACAAUACCUUGAGUUCUUAAAUGUUGCAAGCAAGGAAGACCUACAGGAAGUGAAAGGAAUUGGUGAAAAGAGAGCAGAGUACAUUGUUGAGCUCCGGAAGGAUUCACCUAGACCAUUCAAAUCUCUUUUGGACAUGGAAAAUAUAGGUCUAUCAACAAAACAAAUACAAAGCCUCAUGCUUAAAACAGCCACUGGAAUCUUCGAGCAAUCGCUCGAACGGAGUGUUGGACGACACGCUGGAGAUACCAGCCAGCACCGCCGCAGAAUCAACUAA